CGGUGGCGGAGUCACUGUCGCUCCAGUCUGGCUGAGGAGCGGUCGAGUUUGCUGCCCUGGGGAGGGGCCGCGCCCUGGGAGGAGGAGGAGGAGGAGGAGGAAGAAGAAGAAGAGGAGGAGGAAGAGAAGAUAGCACUCCCUUCCUAGGACCCCCUCCGCCCCAAAUCCUGAGCCUCCCUACAUGGUCCACGAGGCUGUCGGUGGGGGGGGGCGGGUAGGGAUCACUGACUGCCUGAGGAGGGUAAAGACCGAUAGAAACUGACAGAGGAGAGAGCAGAGGAAGAGAGAGGAGAGACAAACUGGGGAGAGAAAAAGUGCAGAGGCAGACAGGAGAGACAGACAGACAGACAGACAGACAGACUGAAAAAAAGACAGAGAGAUAGAGGAGGGGCACCGAGGAGAGACACAGAUUGAUAGAGAAGAGAGACACAGAGGAGAGAGAGACAGAGAUCCCCGGUCGGUUGCUGAGGCAACCAACCCCAGUGGACGCCCUGUUGCACCCCCCACCCCGUUCCCUAGGAAACGGCCUGAGGGGCCUGCCCGUGGGGCUCUAGUUGCCCGGGCGACCUUCCCAGCAACCUCUGCGAGAAGUUCGCGUGCCUGCCCACCCUCCCAGGCGGGCACCAUGCAGGUGCUCUCGAAGCCGCGGCCCUCCCGCUCGGCCUCCCUGCGGCGCCUGGCCGUAGUGCUGGCCCUGACCGCCUACGGGGCGCACAAGCUGUACCCCCUGCUCCGCCAGUGCCUGGCGACGCCGCCCCCGCCGGGCCCCCUGGCCCAGGCCUUGGCCGAGGCGGAGGCUCGCGGGACCUCGGCCUCGUCGGGUGGCACCGGCGGGGGCAGCGCCAGCGCCAACCGCGUGUUCUUGCGGCGGCUGCUGUGGCUACUGCGGCUGCUCUUCCCCAAGGUCCUGUGCCGGGAGACGGCCCUGCUGGGCCUGCACACGGCUGCCCUGGUGAGCCGCACCUUCCUGUCUGUGUACGUGGCCCGCCUGGAUGGCCGCCUGGCCCGCUGCAUCGUGCGCAAGCAGCCGCGGGCCUUCAGCUGGCAGCUGCUGCAGUGGCUGCUCAUCGCACUGCCCGCCACCUUCGUGAACAGUGCCAUCCGCUACCUGGAGGGCCGCCUGGCGCUGGCCUUCCGCAGCCGCCUGGUGGGGCACGCCUACCGCCUCUACUUUAGCCAGCAGACCUACUACCGAGUGAGCAACAUGGACGGCCGCCUGCGCAACCCUGACCAGUCCCUCACCGAGGACGUGGUGGCCUUCGCCGCCUCCGUGGCCCACCUCUACUCCAACCUGACCAAGCCCCUGCUCGAUGUGGCGGUGACCUCGUACACCCUGCUGCGCACGGCGCGCUCCCGGGGAGCCAGCACGGCCUGGCCCUCGGCCAUCGCCGGUCUGGUGGUCUUCCUCACGGCCAAGGUGCUGCGGGCUUGCUCUCCCAAGUUCGGGGAGCUGGUGGCCGAGGAGGCCCGCCGCAAAGGGGAGCUGCGCUACAUGCACUCCAGAGUGGUGGCCAACUCAGAGGAGAUCGCCUUCUACGGAGGCCACGAGGUGGAGCUGGCCCUGCUGCAGCACUCUUACCAGGACCUAGCCUCCCAGAUUAACCUCAUUCUGCUGGAGAGGCUCUGGUACGUCAUGCUCGAACAGUUCCUCAUGAAGUACGUGUGGAGUGCCUCAGGCCUUGUGAUGGUAGCUGUGCCUAUCAUCACUGCUACUGGAUACUCAGAGUCAGACUCAGAGGCAGUAAAGAAAGCGGCCUUGGAGAUGAAGGAAGAAGACCUGGUCAGUGAGCGCACCGAGGCGUUCACGAUUGCCCGUAACCUGCUCACAGCUGCUGCAGACGCUAUCGAGCGAGUUAUGUCAUCCUAUAAGGAGGUUACAGAGCUGGCCGGCUACACUGCCCGAGUGUAUGAGAUGUUCCAAGUGUUCGAGGAUGUGCAGCGAGGUAGUUUCAAGAGGCCUGGGGAGCUCGAGGACUCCCCAACAAGGGUGAGAACUGGAGCUCUUAUGAGACACGGGGUGCGUAUGGAGGGACCCCUGAAAAUCAAAGGCCAGGUAGUGGAUGUGGAGCAGGGGAUCAUCUGUGAGAACAUCCCCAUCAUCACCCCAACAGGAGACGUGGUGGUGGCCAACCUCAACAUCAGGGUGGAAGAAGGUAUGCAUCUGCUCAUCACUGGCCCCAAUGGCUGUGGCAAAAGCUCCCUGUUCCGCAUUCUAGGGGGGCUUUGGCCAGCCUAUUCUGGAGUCCUCUACAAACCCCCACCGCAGCGUAUGUUCUAUAUCCCCCAGAGGCCCUACAUGUCAGUGGGCUCUCUGAGGGACCAGGUGAUCUACCCUGACACAGUAGAGGACAUGAAAAGGAAAGGCUACUCCGACCGCUACCUGGAGGCCAUAUUGGACAUUGUGAACCUCAACCACAUUGUCCAGAGGGAAGGAGGUUGGGAGGCUUCCUGUGACUGGAAGGAUGUCCUGUCCGGUGGGGAGAAGCAGAGAAUUGGAAUGGCCCGAAUGUUCUAUCACAGGCCCAAGUAUGCACUUCUGGAUGAAUGCACCAGUGCUGUGAGCAUUGACGUGGAAGGCAAGAUUUUCCAGGCUGCCAAGGAUGCAGGCAUUGCCUUGCUCUCCAUCACCCACCGGCCCUCCCUGUGGAAGUAUCAUACACACCUGCUUCAGUUUGAUGGUGAAGGGGGCUGGAAAUUUGAGAAGCUUGACACCGCCACCCGCCUUACCCUGAGAGAAGAAAAACAGCGUCUGGAGCAGCAGCUGGCAGGCAUCCCCAAAAUGCAACAGCGUCUCAGCGAACUUUGCGAGAUCCUCGGCGAGGAUGCAGACCUCCACCAUGUUGACCCAUCUCAGUCCUCCUGCCCCUGCCCCUGAGGCCCUGGCCUCAGCCUGGGCCUGCUUCUGGCCCAGGAGGCCCUCCCAUAGCCAAAUAUCCCUGGACACUCUUGUCCUGUGUCCCUUAACCCAUGGCCCUCCCUCAUCCUGUCCCCCUGCCCCAGAAAUCUCCCCAGAUCUUGCACAGGAAGCAGUGGGGUCUCCCUUGCCCUACCCCUCCCAAGGAUAUAGCUAGAACCCUGUGGUUCUGGUCCCCCUCCCUGCCUAGGGACUCGUUUCCUGGUUGGGGAGGGGCCUGAGGGAGGGAAAGUUGGGGAGAUCUUUAGUCACUGUGCCACGUGCCCAGCCAACAACCUGUCCUGCCCCAGGUCUGGAUUAGCUGGAGGGAGGAAGGGGGAGGGGGGCUGGGUGGUAAUUAGUAACUGUGAAGUAGAUAGCAUGUAUGUAGCCAGGGUCCUUUCCUUUUCUCUGGGGGGUGGGGGGGAGGGGGAGCCGGGUUGUUGCCCCACUUGUUCCACCAAGCAUCCUCAUCGAGUAUUCUUGGAUGAAGGCAGAGGUGUUAGGUUCUGUGCCACAACAGAUAUGGUGAGUGGGGAGCCUGGGACCACUCCUGCCACAUGGCCAGCCACAGUCCACGUGGAGGGUUGCAUAUUUGCUCAUGAUCCUCUCUCACUGCUUCUCUUGUCCCUUCCCCUUUCUCCAAAGUAGGGACCUCUCACCAAGACAUCUUCCCGUCUGCCAAACUGAAGUGGUCUCCUGGCAAACUGGGAACCACUUCAUCAAUCUUCUCCAACACCAGUUGUUCCAAAGAGCCCUUGCCCACCCACCCUCCCAUAAGAGGAAGAGUUGCACAAUAUUUCCUACUGAUGAGAAUGUAGUCUUUUCUCGGUCUCUCAAUAGUACUAUCUUGGUCUUUUUCUUUCUCUUUUUUUAAGUAAUUUAUUUGAUCCAGUUUUAUAUUUGUGAUGAUUGCCAAUGUGAGUAUUCCACCAGAGAGAUGGGGAGGUAGGGACAGAGGUUAGAGGGAGUACUCCUUUGCCCAAGUUUUGUUGGCAUGAAGGGUUUGAUCUGCCCAUGCUUUUGUCCUGGUGUAUCAGUACUGGGGACGGGGUGGAAAGGAGAAGGGGAGCAGUGGUCACUGCUCGUGUAGGCCAGUUCCCCCCAGGUUGUCACCUGUAGCUGUGGGCUCACCCCAACUCCCAUUGACACCAGCUAACACUGCCAACUACCUACCAGCCAACCAGCCAACUCCCCAUGCCACCUCACUGAAGUGAGGGACCUAGGGAAGGGGGAAGUAUAUCCCUCUGCUUGCCAAAACCACUUUACUCCUCCCCCACCCUCCCACCCCCGUGGAGGAGAUAGAUGCUGUGAGGAAUCCCUUCGUUUCUUCCCCUGCCCCCUCCCCAAUGCCAAAGUGUACUAAGGAGGAGAGUCAACUAUGCAAACCCACACAAUCACUUGUGGAUGGAAACUCAACAGAAGCCACGUGCCUUAGCUCUCCUUCUUGGGGCUGGGGGUGAGCUGGGCCCUCCUGUCCUCUCCCACCCUCUCAGUAAAGAAAAUGUGUUUGAAA